AUUGCAGUUGCAUCUCCGCCGGAUCGAAGAGCCACAAGAGACGAUAUUGCAGUGUCCUCACCCGGUGCAUCUCCGAACGUUAAUGCAACUACGAGCUGCACUGGUACAACAUCGUCUCGAUUGCACAAUCCUUCCUCGCCAGGUCGAAAUGGCCAGCUAUCGAAACAAGGUACAUUAACGAUAGUACGCCGGAGUUCUGGCAAAAAUAAGAGCAUUGGCGGAAGUUUCGAAAGUUCUCCGCCCCCGCAUAGUCCUGACACUCUUUCGUCAAGUCAAUCCGUGGAUCUCGAUGAGAUCCUUGAUAAUGUCGAUUUAACGACAGAUUCGCUUCCUGCCGUUGACACCCCCGACGCUUGCGACAAAGCUGCUCUCAGAUUGAGAUGUUUACUGAGACAGCUUCAACAUGGCGAAAUAUCAGCAGAAUUACUUCAACGAAAUUUGCACUACGCGGCACGUGUACUCGAAGCUGUCUUCCUCGAUGAAACCAAGGUGAAUUCAGGAGGGGUUGAGUGCUCUCGGUCAUCGCGUAGGGGUACGGGCCUGUCAUCUGCAUCCCUUGGGAGCGCCUUGGACUCGGAUGGACAACAGGGCCACGCGGUGGUAACCCAGAAACGGAAGCUUCGCACCCCCGUAUGGGCAAGAGAUGCCGAGCGUGUGGAGUCGACCGCUGUUUGCCGUCAGGGUAUAAGACGUAGGCGGCUGGCGGACGAGGACGAUGAACUGUCGGAGGUACAACCGGACGCGGUGCCACCGGAAGUCCGCGAGUGGCUGGCUUCGACCUUUACCAGACAACUCGCGACUACGAGGCGGAAGGCAGACGAGAAGCCAAAGUUCCGCUCUGUCGCGCACGCUAUUAGGGCGGGAAUCUUUGUCGAUCGGAUUUACAGGCGGGUCACCAACACCGCGCUCAUGCAGUUUCCUCAGGAAGUGGUUAAAGUGCUUAAGACUUUAGACGAUUGGUCCUUUGACGUAUUUUCACUGAAUGAAGCGGCAAUGGGAGCACCUGUGAAAUAUCUCGGUUAUGAUCUAUUGAAUCGGUAUGGAAUGAUCCACAAAUUCAAAGUUCCCGCCACGGUAUUGGAGUGCUUUUUGGGAAGAGUCGAGGAGGGAUACUGCAGGCAUAGAAAUCCGUAUCAUAACAAUCUUCAUGCAGCUGAUGUUGCACAGACUAUGCAUUAUAUUUUAUGUCAAACAGGACUUAUGAAUUGGCUGACCGACCUGGAGAUUUUCGCCACGCUGGUUGCGGCGAUUAUUCACGACUACGAGCACACUGGGACCACAAACAAUUUCCACGUAAUGUCCGGCAGCGAUACAGCCCUACUCUACAACGAUCGGGCCGUUCUCGAAAAUCACCACAUCUCCGCGAGUUUCCGAAUUAUGAGAGAGGACGAGUGCAAUAUAUUACAAAAUCUAUCGAGGGAGGAAUUCCGUGAAUUUCGUUCACUGGUGAUCGAUAUGGUGCUCGCGACCGACAUGAGCUUUCAUUUCCAACAACUGAAGAACAUGAAAAAUAUUCUUAGCUUAGCAGAGCCUAGCGUAGACAAAAGCAAGGCUGUCAGUCUGGUUCUUCAUUGUUGCGACAUCUCGCAUCCGGCCAAAAGAUGGGAUCUUCAUCAUAGAUGGACAAUGCAACUGUUGGAAGAAUUUUUCCGCCAAGGGGAUAAGGAAAAGGCACUUGGAUUGCCGUUUUCUCCGCUGUGCGAUCGUAACAAUACCCUGGUGGCUGAAUCGCAAAUAGGAUUCAUCGAGUUUAUCGUCGAGCCCAGCAUGCAGGUAUGCAGCGAUAUGUUGGAGACAGUUCUCACACCGUUGAACGUAAAGGAGAGCGUGGACGAAUCGAAUAACGGAUCGGGUGGCGAAAGCAGAAGGUUUAAGAUUGGGAAACCAUGGAUUCCAUGUCUUGCGGAGAACAAGAGAAUCUGGAAGGAGCAAGCCGUUCGAGACGCUGAAGCAAGGGCGCAGAAGGAACAAGAGCAAAAGGCGAGCAGUGACAACCGUGAGGAUAGCGAUACGGCACAGCCAGCAUCUGAGGAAUGAAAAAUUCGGCGAGCCAUUAUAUUUUUCAGAAACAUAUGUAAUUUUAGGCUACGAAGAAGCUCGUGAUCUUAUACACCGAAUGAUAUCCAGUGACACGUGUAAAUGAAUCGCGAGACGGAUAAAAUAGCGACCUCUAUUGACGAUCGGGUAAACGCGCGAAAAUUCGAACGUAUAAUUAG